AUGAGUGGACCAGCCUGGCCCACAUACAACGUCGACGCAGAAUCAAACACCAGUUCCAUGGGGUUCCUUCUCACCACCACAGUAUCAAACUCCAAGCAAUUAAGAAACAGCGUCACAUUUUCAUUCGUGACCCUCAACGCGAACCGGGUCCACUUCUUCGCGAAAGAGGGCACGACGAAAGACGCGAUCGUCUGCGACAACGCUUUCCAGGGGGUUUACGACGGAAAAGAGGAACCCGCCAUCUUUAUUCGCCGGACGGACGGUCGCAGUUAUAGCGAAUUCGGCGUACAGUUUCUCGGGCAUAAAAAGGCGAUAGGGAGAUUUGAUAUCGGAUCCCGGUUUGAGCCCGUAAGCCGGGAAACCGUCGAGGCCCUCGUCGAAGUACUGGGUCUUCGGAUUGCUAAAUGGAACCCCGAUAGCGUGCAGCAAGUCGUAUUCGGGGAUAUCUGGAAAAUGGAAAGUGUAAUUUAG